AUGAUUGGUAAAAAAAAAGGUUUAUGAUUAUGUACUAUUGAGACAUCUCCUAUACAAAUUCCCAUACUCUAUGGGAAGUAUAAAUGAUUGAGAAUCACUGAUCUAGAUAAAGUUUAACUGCCGAAGGACACAUUGAAUGAUACGACGUAUCGUUUCAACGCACGGACAUAUCACGUACCACUUGUUUUUUGAUGGACAUACUACACAUAUACAUAUAUAAGUAUUUAUAUACUUACGUAUAUAUACUAACGUCAAGACGGACAUUGCGUACAUCUCUUGGCACUGAAUUGUCGUUCCUCAAAGUAUUCGAAAGUGGAACAGAAUUUCCAUUAAUAAUACGUACUUACCUGUCGUGAUCUCCUUUUGUAUAAAAUAAUAAGAGAGAAAAAGAUAAAAUUUGUUUACCGAGUAGAAUUACAGGCCUUGUGAAAUUUGGCCUUUAAAAUUGUUUUUCCUUAAUCUUUCGUUUUCGUUGCCAUAUAUUUCUUUAUUUCUUUUUCUUUUUUUUUUUUUUUUUGUUGUUGCGUUAUCCUAUAUUUUUAUUUUCCACUUUUGCAAGAGUAAACUUUCCUUCUUUGGGGCUCAGCAAUAGCAAAGAUCAUCGGUGCAAAUGUCGUCAAGUUUAAUAAUAAGUUUGUCCAACGUGUACCCAUGUACGUUUAUGAAGAAAUAAUAAAUAAUCAGAAGUUGACAAAUAUAAUUAACGAGUUACACGAAAACAUAAAGUAUUUGCCAGGACAUAAGCUUCCAGAGAAUGUGGUAGCAGUUCCGGACGUCAUUGAAGCUACAAAAGAUGCUGACAUACUGGUCUUCGUUUUACCACAUCAAUUUAUUCGGACACUUUGCGUUACGUUACUUGGACAAAUCAAACCAACCGCUGUGGGUUUGUCGCUUAUUAAGGGUUUUGAUCAAGGAGACGGUACGAAUGUCGAGCUAAUUUCGAAAAUCAUCGAAAAGAAUCUGAGGAUCCAAUGUCACGUAUUGAUGGGAGCUAAUUUGGCAAACGAAGUUGCCGAGGAAAAAUUCUGCGAAACUACCAUUGGCUGCAGGGAUAAACGUUUGGCACCAAUAUUGAGGGAUCUCAUACAAACACCUAAUUUUCGUGUAGUAGUCGUCGAGGAUACGGAAGCUGUUGAAGUAUGCGGAGCUCUGAAGAACAUAGUGGCAUGUGCUGCUGGCUUCGUCGAUGGCUUAGGAUUAGGAGAUAAUACGAAAGCUGCCGUUAUCAGAUUGGGCCUUAUGGAAAUGAUAAAAUUUGUUGAUACUUUCUUCGGUGGUGCGAAACUGUCAACAUUUUUCGAAAGCUGCGGUGUAGCUGAUUUGGUUACAACUUGUUAUGGUGGAAGAAAUCGUCGUAUAUGUGAACAGUUUGUUAAAACCGGAAAGACUAUCAGAGACUUGGAGGAAGAACUUCUUUCUGGACAAAAAUUGCAAGGUCCAGCUACAGCUGAUGAGGUCAAUGCAAUGUUAAAAGCUAAAAAUAUGCUAGACAAAUUCCCAUUAUUCACUGCCGUACAACGUAUAUGCCACGAAGAAAUCAGACCGGCUGAUUUAAUCGAUCAAAUUCGUAAUCAUCCUGAACAUGUGAUGAGAGUUGAGGGUGCUGUUUAGUAAAAAUCAUAAGUGAAGUACGCUCAUGGAAAUUCUUGGAUCAAGAAUUCAAAUUUAUGUGAAUAAAUGUAGAAUACAUUUAAAAGUUCGAUAAAGGCUGUGUGAUUAGAUGAAGAUCGUUAAAUUACGGGAACAUCUGAUAAAACAUAUUGUAAUUAACGUAUUGUAAAUAAAA